CAAUAAGGAACAGCUCAGAGGGAGAAACUACACAAGGAAUAUUCAUUCUCUCCCCUGCCAGUCUUCAUAAUACAGGCGGCACUGACAGUGAAUUAUGGAAAAGAUGGAUUUAUUCUCGGUUUUAUUUAUUUUAGCUUGUCUUCAUGUCCACAGUGCUAGGAGUGUUAUUGGUACUUUACCUAUAAACUGUACAACUGGAACCAGUGGCAACAUCGGGAAUAUUCAGGAGGGAUAUGAAGGAGUUGUAGAGAUUAUCACUAAUAUUGGACCUGAUGAUCGUCUGGUGCUGGAGCCACAUCUCUUUCCCAUUGGUGUAACAUUUCUGGAGCUGAUUUACUCGGGUGAAGACUCAACCCAAACGGUGCGAACCAUCAAACCGCUGGAUGCUGAUGUACUAAAGGAGACAGGAGGGAUUUUGUAUUAUUCACUCACUUGCCCAAACCUGUCGCUGAAAAACAUCAGGACGUUAGAAGUUCAGGAUGUCAAUGACAAUCCUCCGAUCUUCCAGAGUAAAACAUACAGCGCCACAGUGUCAGAGACGACAGCUGUGGGUUCAGAUGUGCUCAGGGUUAAAGCGGACGAUGCAGAUGUUUCUCCAGAAAACAACAGAAUUGAUUAUUCUAUAAUUCCUCCAGUACCAGAUCAUUUUGAAGUGAGACUUGACGGAAACAUCAGGCUGAAACAACGUCUGAACUACAACAAUGCUCAAAAGUACAUCUUCACCGUGCAAGCUAAAGAUAUAGGAGAUCUCAGUGACACCACAACAGUUACAAUAACAGUUGAAGAUUUUGACAAUCUAAACCCUUAUUUUGAUCACAGUUUCUACAAGGCAUCCAUUGAGGAAAAUCAGGUAGGACCGUUUUCAGAAGUCACUCCUGAGGCCAUAAAAGCUCAAGAUGGCGACACGGGCAUCAACCAGCCUGUACUUUACAGCAUAACAGCAGUCAUUCCAAAUGAAUAUCAGAGCAACUUUGACAUCGAUCAAAACAGUGGAGUCAUCUCUGUGAAAACGGCACUAGACAGAGAGCAAAUCGAGCAGAUAACGGUUCACAUACAGGCAACUCAGCAGGAUGAUGCCAGUAAGACGGCUAACACUGUGGUGUCCGUCACCAUUGAGGAUGUGGAUGACAACCCUCCAAAAUUUGACCAGGAUGAGUACACCGUAUCUAUUCUGGAAAAUUCACCACAGGAUCAGUUUGUGCUUCAGACUAGAGUCACUGAUCUAGACCUGGGAGGAUUUGUAGGAACAUUCCGGAUUAUUCCAGAAUCCGUACCUUUUUCCAUUAGGACUGAUGGAACGAUUCUGGUGAAAAGUUCUGCGGACCUAGACAGAGAAACCACAACCAGCUUCAAUUUUCAGGUUGAAGCACAAGAAACCCCUCCUUCCACCAACAAAGCAACAGCCGAGGUGACCAUCGUCCUGCUGGAUGAGAAUGAUAAUAGUCCACAGUUUACAACUUCUAAGUAUCAGGGCAAAGUUUUCGGCAAUCAGACGACUGGAAUGCAGGUUGUCAAGGUCGAAGCAACAGACCUGGAUGAAGGUCCAAAUGGUGAAAUCAGCUUCUCCAUUGAGUUUGGAAAUGAGGACGGCUUUUUCAGCAUUAAUGAGAAUGAUGGGGCGAUUACGCUAGUUAAAUUAAUCCCACUCGAGGACAACAGAAUCCUUCAGUUUUCACUCUAUGUGACUGCAAAAGAUGGGGGCGCUAUAAGCAGAUCGACUUCUGCAAUGGUGGAUGUCAAGGCACCUGGAGAUUCUCAUCCUCAGUUCCUUCAGAAGACCUACCAGGGGAAAGUAGAGGAGGAUCAGUCAGCGGCAGACAUCGUCAAGGUGGACUUCCUGUCUAUUGAUCCUAUUGUUCCUGUCACCUUAACAGUUGAUACUAAUGCCGACAAGUUCUCCAUAAACCAGGCUACAGGUGUUCUCUCGACCAUAGUCAAACUCGACUUUGAGGAGGAGAGCAGCUACACUGUGCAGCUGUCCAUAACUGAUGGAACUAACCGAGAUGAGGCAUCAGUCCUGGUUGAGGUGCUGGACAUCAAUGACAACAGUCCAGUGUUCGAAAAUCCCCCUGCUACUGUCUCAGUACCAGAGGAUCACAAGGUGGGAGAUAACGUAACAUCGGUAACAGCCACGGAUGCGGAUGCAGGGUUUAAUGGUGAAGUGCGGUACACCCUCCUGGGAGGUGCUGGAAGGUUUAAUAUUGACCAAGAAACAGGAGUGAUAACACUAACUGAGCCCCUUGACAGGGAGACCCAAGAUACGUACCACUUAGUGAUCACCGCCCAAGAUCAGGGUCGCCCGUCAAGUUCUGCCACCGCCAAUCUGGACGUCUCCGUGACUGACAUUAAUGACAAUGCUCCCAUAUUUUCCAAACAAAUGUAUGAAGCCCCAGUGUCUGAGCAUGCUGAAGUAGGAACAGCUGUGAUAGAUGUCGUGGCAACAGACAAAGACGAUGGUCCAAAUGCUGUCGUGACCUAUCACAUUGUCAAACAGGAGCCUUCUUCAACACCACCCGUGUUUACCAUUAAAGCAGAGUCUGGUAGCAUAAUCCUUGCUGAAAAGCUGGAUUAUGGCAAAGCUAAACGCUACACUCUUGAGGUGGAGGGACAAGAUGGAGGAGUUCCUAGUCUCACUGGCACUGCUACCGUAACAGUGCUGGUUGAGGACGUUAACGAUAAAGCUCCUGUGUUCCGUAAGGACCAGUACAACGAGUCCGUCUAUGAAAACCUUGCAGGUGGAACUGCUCUGGUAUUUUUGGAGGUUACAGAUGAGGAUGAGGGUGGGUUCUCUAAAGGUCAAUUUAUCAUGGAUAGCGAUACCUUCGCUAUCAACAGUCAAGGAGUAAUAUCACUCCGGAGCAACGCUACCUUGGAUAGAGAAACUGUCGACAAUUACAUCCUACAGGUUGUAGCUGUAGACCAGCCAGUCGAUGGUUUAAGCUCCACAGCUCAGGUCAUCAUCACUGUUCUGGACGUCAACGACAACAACCCACAAUUCCUUCCUCGACCAGAGCCCAUUGAGAUUCAGGAAGGUGUGUACACACCCUCAUCACCUGGAGAUGUGUGCAAAAUCUCAGCCACAGACGCUGACAUUGGAGACAACGGUCGUGUCACCAUCACUACUUCCUCACACAGUGAAAUAUUCCGAUUCAGAGAGGAUGGGACUCUAGAAGCUAUCGAGGAGCUGGAUCGAGAGACACAGGCUGUGUAUGAUGUGCUCAUUGUUGCUAUGGAUCAUGGGACGCCACAGGGAAAUAACAUCACCACAUUGAGGGUCAGUAUCACAGACGUCAAUGACAACGCUCCAGUUUUCAGCUCUGACACAUACAGCAAAAGCAUUCUGGUUAGAGAUGCCAAGGUUGGAGCGGUGCUGCUGACGCUCUCGGCCACAGACAAAGACGCUGGAAACAACUCGCUAAUCAGUUACAGUUUCACCGAAGGCUCCUCAAUGGUCGCAUUGGAUGCUGAAAAAGGAGACAUCACUUUGACCUCUGACCUUAGCGAGGUCACCGAAGACACGCUGCUAAACCUCACUGCUAUAGCGACAGAUCAUGGAACACCACCAAAAUCUGAUGAAGCCAAAGUCUUGAUCCACUUCAAAAUUGCCUCUCUCACUGAGAGUGUGAGUUUUGAAAACUCCUCCUACAAAUUCACAAUAAAGGAGAAUGAACCUGAGGCCUCAACAGUGGGGAAGGUCAAGGCAUUAACAGGAAGUCCACUGGUUUCGGUCAGCUAUAACAUGAAGACAUAUGAGGAUAUCUUCUCUGUGGAUGGUGAGGGAACCAUAAAAGCUCUGAGACCGCUGGACAAGGAGGAAGAGGAGUGGUACAUCCUCACAGUAGAAGCCAUAGACUCCCGAACUCCUGCAAACACUGCAGAGACAACGGUCAACGUUCAGGUUGAGAACGUGAAUGAGGCUCCUGUGUUUGACGCUGAACUAUAUAAAGCAGAGAUUUUCAGCAUCUCUCCAUACAAAUAUCCUAUAGUGAAGGUCCAGGCAUCAGACCCUGAUGUGGGCGAGAGCUCAGAACUGAAGUAUUCCCUGGUGGAGUCUACAACUCUGCUGGAUGUGGAGGCAAGCACUGGUCAAAUCUACGUACUGGAUGCAUCAAGUUUUAGAGACAAUCCGUCCACCUUUCAGGUUAAAGCCACUGAUAAGCAUGGGCUGUUCACGACUACACCACUACAGAUCACUGUGAAAGAAAUUGCAGGUGACAAUACCGUGGUCAUCUCCCUGAACCAGCCCGUGUUCACAGUUGAGAGGAAGAGACAAGAGAUUGAAGAUUCCAUGGGGAAAGUUUUAGGCUGGACUGUGAAAAUCCUCAGCGUGAGAGCUGAGGAUGGGAAUGAGAUGCGCACCAUUCUUAGAGAAUCUGCAGACAAGACUUACGUCAGUUUCAUCGCCAUGGACUCCAGUGGUGCGGUCAUCCAAGCCACUGCGGUCAAAGAGAAGCUGCAGAGUAAUCUCAACGAUGUAGAAGUGGAGCUGGGGAAGGUGUUUGAGUCCAAUUUGGAAAUCAAAGUGGAGGAAAGUUCUGGAAUCUCUGAAGAUUCCGAAGGUUCCAGUGACGAUGCAGUCGUCAUCGCUCUCAGUGUUCUGCUGGCCAUAAGCAUUGUGGGACUUAUCGCUCUGUUGACUGUCUAUCUCGUUAGGAUGAAGAAAAUGAAGAACACAGAUUCUGACAGAGAGCGCUUCAAUAUUGGCGGUAGUUUUCGAUUUAACAGCAAAAAACAAGAAGUCAAAGAGGUUAAGUUUAAUAACACGCCCGAUUCUGAAAGAGAUUCUGAAAGAUUCUGAAAAUGACCUAAAUUUGAGAGCCGGACCCAGCAUCUCUUCCCUCUGAAAACACCUCGAUCGAUCAAAACUCUUCCAAGACUUCACGAGGUUCACAAUUAAUUCUGACUCACUGUUGUAAAACUUUUAUCAACAGCGCUAUUAAAGGCUAUUCCAAAAAGAUGAUGCAUUGUGACAAGAUGGGGAUAAAUGUUGAAUAUAAAUAUAUUUAUUUCAGUUGAUGAAAAUUAACAAUUAAAAGUCCCAUAUAGCCAUCAUUUUUGCGAUGUAUUUUGGUUAACAUUAGCUUAGCAACAUGCUAACACUAGUCGAAUCUCCCGUGCACUUCUUGUGUUGCUGCCUAUGCAUUGCAGACUCACCUUGUUUUGGAAGAGCAAAAAUCUCCUUUUGUAUAGAUAUAUGUACAUUCAACUGCCUUGAAUUGCAAAUUAUUUUUUUAAACGUUGUCUGUCAAAAAGGGACAUCUUAAAACUUGUUUACGAAUAACAGUAAUUUUUUGCACUUUAACCAGCUAUGAUUGUGUAUCAAAAUUGUGUAAUGCUCAUCUUUGACAUAAAUAUCCAUCCAAACUCAUUAAAAAUGUUUCUUAAUAAU